GUCGCAUGGUCUAUCAACGCCAUUGUCACGUUUGACGGUGCGCCCGGAGCUGGUGGUGGAUAUAAGAUGGGUCCUGCUUUCUUCUCAUGCAUCGUUCACUUGAACUCUGAAAGACUGCAAGCUCAGGCAAACGGCGGCGGGUGCUACUGAUGAUUCGUUUUUUGGUCGGCGUCAAAAGGUGAUGAACUCUCUGACUGUUAUCAAUGCAGAUUCCGCAAAGCUUCUUGCUGCGGUGGACAUGGGUACCAACUCUUUCAAGAUGGUGGUCGUUAAAGCGGAGCCUGACGGCAAGUUCUUGCCCGUCCAUCGUCAUAAGGAGAGGGUUCGACUCGGCAAUGCCGAAAUCGGGCCUGAGUUGCAAAAGAGAACUAUCAAUUCCUUGAAGAACUUCUUGAAGAUUGCUGGGCACCACGGGGCAGAAGUCAAGGUCGUGGCUACUUCGGCUGUAAGGGAUGCCAAGAACAAGAGGGAGUUGUUGGUUAGAAUAGAGCAGGAAACCGGUGUAGAUGUCCGUGUGUUGUCUGGGGAGGAAGAAGCCCAGUUGACAUAUUUUGGGGUUCUUCAGUUUCUUCCUGUCUACGAUAGAACUGUUUUAGUUGUAGAUAUCGGUGGCGGGUCCACUGAAUUUUUAAUUGGGAAACAGGGGAAGGCUUUUUUUGCCACUUCUCUUAAGCUCGGGCAUGUUGUUCUAACGGAAUUGUUUGUUAAGAAUGGAGAAAUCGAGAGUAUGCGGCAAUAUAUACGAUCAACGAUUGCAAAAUCUGGAUUGAUAGAGAGAGUUGAUGAAAUUAAGUUUGAGAUUGCGGUAGGUGCAUCCGGGACUAUUAGAUCGAUCAGGAACGCUGUGAGGAAAUCGGUUGCUGCUCCUGGGUGGGAGGGUUCGAGAAACUGGAGGUUCAGUGCGGUUGAAUUGAGAGAGUUAGUGGAAAAGUUGUUGGUUUUGGGUGGUGACGGAAUACAAACCAGCAAUCCUGGAUUCUCAUGGAGAAGGUCCGAGUUCAUUCUUGCUGGUUCACUUAUCUUGUUGGAGAUAUUUGAACUUCUUAAGAUCGAUGAGAUGGAAGUUUCGGAGUUUGCACUCGGAGAAGGCGUCAUUGCGGAGACCUUGGGGACAGCUUGUAAGAACUAUGAUGUCAAUGCUAAUAUCAGGUGGAAUUCUGUCGCUCGAUUAGCAACAAGAAGUUACGAUAAAAAGCGGAUGACACGUUCAGUGCAAUCUGCAGAAAUAGCAAAAGAAAUUUUUGAAGGUAUGAGAAAUUGCAGUCACAUUCACAAAGUUGAUUUGCUCCAGGAUAAGAAGAAUCUUGAAUAUCUAGAAGCUGCGGUCCUCCUUCAUGCUACUGGACUUCUUGUUGGACAGAAAGGCUAUCAUAGACAUUCAUACCACAUUAUAAAAAAUUGUGAUCAUCUUCAAGGUUUUGAUCCUAUGGAGAUAGAGAUAAUUGCUUCGGUAGUGAGGUAUCACAGAAAAUGGUUUCCAGGAUUCAAAGAUGUUAAUGUCCAUAGGCUUCCCAGACAGGUGCAAUGCAAGGUUAGAGCCCUUGCUGUUAUGGCACGUGUUGCUAUCGCCAUUCAAUGCUGUCAGUGCUUCAAAGAUCUGGAAAUAACUUGCACUGACGAGGGCUACAAGCUGGUUUUAAGAGUAUCGAUAGACCUAAUUCAAUCUCCCAGUUUGAUGUCCGAAGUGCUUUCAACAGUUGAGAAGGAUUUAUGCCCAGAGUUGGAACUUUUCGGAGAUGUCUUCAAACUUAAGAUGGUGGUUACUGUCUCAGGUCUUCAAACUUAAGAUGGUGGUUACUGUCUCUUGGAGUCUCUAGCUAGCUGGAGGUUCUCCGUAUUCUGGGCCUCGCAGGUAGUAUUUUUUCUGUGAAGCAGUCAAUGAAAGUAUUCUUCGCAUUGUUUGGAAUGCACCCGCGACUGUGAAGAAGGCUCUGUUCUCCCCUGUGCAUAAAGUUGAAGGCCAUAGCUUCUUGUUCCCUUCUGGUUUUUUUUCGACUUUCUUGGUAAUUUACUCGGGACACUGGGCGGAGGUACAAUAAGCAUGAGGCUGAUGACGAUGGCCAGGAGAUAUUCAUGCCUCUAUAUCGCAUACUCCCUACUUCAAUUUUCUAUUCUUUCUCGAAUCUUCAUUAGCACAAGAAGUGUUAGGUUGCUUUUUGCUUUUCAGGAAACUGAAUUCUGGUGCAGCCUUUCCUCUUGGUUUGAUUACAUAAUAAAUUGUCUGCUGCCAUGUGCAGUCUUUCCUCACAAGCGGCUUUAUGUCAGUUGUUUACACCUAAACGUCUGCAAAAUGCAAUGGAGAAUGUGGAGAUGACAUCUCGGUUCCUAUCUGGCUCGUAGCAUCACACUGACAGGGAAAGUCGUUUGAGGCAUACAACAGGUUGGGAAUCGGGUCAGAGGUGCACAUUUCUAUGGAGCAUCAAGUGGCCUGCAUUAAUGAUUUGUGGAACAAUAUCUGGCCAAAUAUAUAUAUAUAUAUAUAUAUAUAUAUAUAAUAUAUCUUCUUCACCGUGUCAUAUUUUGUACUAUCCUUUCAGACAUCUAAUAUUUGAAUUAGGUUUUACGACUAUACAAAGCUAAGAUUGUUAAUUUGAAAAUUUUCUAGUUGCAUCACACUUUUUUUUAUGUGAAAAUUAAGGUCCUAUAAAUCGUCAAAUUUUGUGUGUGUGUCUGUGUAAUGGGUGGAUUGUGCCGUCUAAUCGUCAAAGUUUGUGUGUAGAGGGGGUGGGUUCAACGUUCAAAUAUAUGUUCAAAAAAAAUCAAUAAAUGGGAUGUGUAGGUUACUGCGCACGCACAACAAGUCGGUAAGCUAUACCAUGGAGCCGUAUAAUUAAAUGGUUUUAUGAAGAAAAAAUAUGAAUAGGGGGGUCAGGUGAAAAGAUGAAAAAAGUUUUUACACGGUUAAAAUAAAAAAGGUUUAAGCUAAAAUAUCUGUGCAUUAUUAGCCUUAACUCAAACGUGAAAUAUUGGAUUCUUGUUGACAAUUUUUUUUUCAGUAAUUAAAAACGGCUUAUAAUUCUCAAUUGUUGAUGAUGGGUAGGCUAUAAAAUAUGUUUGAGAACAAAUAAAUUAUAAUUUAUUAUUCUCUUCAUUUGCACACUUAUUUGUGUCAUGCCACUAAACUAGUUUUUAUCAAUGUGUUCCUUUCCAAUGAAAUAGCUAUGUUUUGAUUCUCCAUUGAAUUGGCCGUCUCAGACUGGGAACUAUUUGCAUUCAUAGUGGUGUCAUAUAGCUACUAACCAAUGCCUCAACAGGUUUGAAUUUAUGCUGUAUCGCGUCUUAAGCAGGUUGCCUGCGGGAAAUAAAGAAAUAUUAAACAUGUUCCUAAGCACGACAAAAGAGUCACAUUUUAACAUGACUAUUGAUGUAUAAAUUACACUAUUUCAGGACAAGAAGAAACUGGCUUGUCGUGCCUUUCCCGAAAGCUUAGCAGGAUGCAGACAACUGCUUUCUCCUGGAAUUGUAGGUAUUCUUCCUACUGAAAUUUCUUAUUUCCUUGUCCUUCAAAUAAGACGUCCAGACGAACACAAUCUAAAUUAUUGUCUCCAUUGGACCUGUGCUUUGCGCUCGGGUUAGAUCAGCAUAUUGCAACAGUAAAGUUCUGACAAGCCAAGCACUGUCUUCCAUCAAUGGCAGGUGCUGGCUGUUGCGUCCGUCUUCCAUAUUUAAAACUGUGAUACAAAUUCCAGGUUAAGCAUAUUAGAACAGUGAAGUUCUGACCAGCCAAGCUCCGUCUCCCAUCAAACAGAUUGCUAGCUGUUGCGUCUCCAUAUGUAGAACCUGCGACUUGAACUCCAAGUUAGGCAUGUAAGGAACUAUGAAGUUCUGACCAACCAAGCACUGCUUCCCAGUUCCCAUAUCAAUCACAGGUUGCUGGAUGUUGCGUCUCCACAUACAGAACCUUUGAUGUGAACUCUGACCAGCCAAGCUCUGUUUUUAGUCAAUGGCAGGACGCUAGCUGUUGCGUCUCCAUUGAACCUGAUAAGAUCUGUAGGUUGAGCAUUGGUGAAUAGUGAAGUCCUGACCAACCAAAGCACCGUGUUCCACCAGUGGCAGAUUGGUAGCUGUUUAACUGUUGGCAUGGUGUAGCCAAUGCCACCAACUGAUAAAAAUUGUUCUUCAGGUGCAUUAAUGCAGAUAUCUUUCCUACUUGUUGGUUUUUUAGUUUUUACUAAAUGAUGUUUUUGGGGGCUGUUUUAUGGUUAUUUGCACAGCUUUGGGGCAUACUUCGACCUUUUGAUUCAUUUUAAAAGUUUGUCUUUGGCUUCUCUGGUUAAGAAAACGAUGCCCAUUCUGUCCAAUCGUGCCAUCUUUCUACAUUUUUCUGAGAAGUGGUUCAGUUUAAUGACUGACGUUAACAACAGAGAGUUUCUAGGGGCUGGCGAUUUUAAUGGGUCAGCUUUGUCACUGCACGUUGCUUCAAUAUUAUAUUUUUUCAUUUAAAACUGUGCUGGACAUGUAGCGCGGAUAUGACAUUUUGAAAGCU